AUGUCGGGCGAGGCGUGGCUUUACCUGUUUGCGGUGAUUAUAAAUGCCGUCAACCUCUUCCUUCAAGUCUUUUUCACCAUCAUGUACAGCGAUCUGGAAUGCGAUUACAUCAACCCUACCGACCUCUGCAACCGCCUCAACACCUACAUCCUUCCCGAGUUUGCCGUCCACGCUUUUAUGACCUUUUUGUUUUUGAUCAACGGAUAUUGGGUGCCUCUGAUUUUGAACCUGCCGCUUCUCGCCUGGAACAUCAAGAAGAUUCUUGACAACACCCAUCUUCUGGACGCCACUGAGAUCUUCCGCAAGCUUAACGUCCACAAGAAGGAAUCGUUUACCAAGCUCGGAUUCCAUCUCAUCCUGUUCUUCUUUUACCUCUACAGCAUGAUUGUUGCGCUUAUCCGGGACGAGGCCCACUAA